GCUACCGGAACAGCUCGCGGCCUUUGUGGGGGUCUCCUGGCGUGCUGCUUCCUGGCUCCGCGAGGACCGUCCACCUGGGGCUGAAGCGCUCCCGGUGGCCUCUACUGGACUGCAGUUGGAGCCUGCGCCUCUAGCCGAGCAAGUGGGGCAGCGUGCGGAGCCUUGGCAGGGUCCGCGCGGCCAGGGGGUCCAGAGCCGCUGGUCUGCGGGCGGCCUGGGUGGCCGGGCCCUGUGGGGCGUCGCGCUGGCACCCCGGAGGCCCGCGCGGAGGGAGCGCCCCUGCCAGAUCUACCUUGACAGGAAAACUAAGAAGGAAGCAAUGGCAGUGGAUUUGUCUACUCAGAUGACAACAGCCUCAUAGGAACUUUAGGUCUCAUAGCAUGAACCCCUCGAAGUCUGCCUGGGCACACACCACAUGCAGAUUUUGGUGCUUUCUCAACCUUCUUGGUAUAAAGGAGUCUGUGACAUUCAGGGAUGUGGCUGUGCUCUUUAGCCAGGAUGAGUGGUUGCACCUGGACUCUGCCCAGAGAACCUUGUACCGAGAAGUGAUGCUGGAGAACUACAACAACCUGGCCUCACUGGGGAUUCCAUUUUCAAUGCCAAAGGUGAUCUGCCAGUUGCAACAAGGAGAGGAUCCCUGCACUGUGGAAGGAGAAGUCCCUUCAGACUCCUGCAUAGGUUUCAAGACCUGGCCUGAAAUAGAAGGAUUGCCUCCCAGACAUGACAUGUUUAUGGAAGAAACCUCUUGGGGAAUAAUAAAGAAAGAAUCAACUAAGUAUAGUCAUGGGGUCAUCAACUUUGGAGAAGCUGUGGAAUCUGAGAGCAAUAUAGAACAGGAACAAGAGAGGAAACCUCUUAGGGAAAGGGUAGCCUCACUUGAGAAAACCAUCAGUGGAGAUGGAAACCAUACAAGUCUUGAAUUGGGGGAAAGCUUAUUUACAAAUACAAUUCUUGUUACGCAACAAAAUGUUCCUAUAGAAAGUGUACCCCGUAUGAAUUAUACUUUUGGGGAAGAUUUUAAACAGACUUUUAAUCUAAGAAGAUGCCUCCAGAUUUACCCAGGAGAAAAACCUUAUAUCUGUAGUGAAUGUGGGAAAAGCUUCAACCAGAGUCUUUAUCUUAUUGAACAUCAGAGAAUUCAUACUGGUGAGAAACCCUACAAAUGUAAUGAGUGUGAGAAGACCUUCAACCAUAGAUCAUCCCUUCUUUCUCAUCAAAGAAUUCACACUGGAGAGAAACCUUACAAAUGUAAUGAGUGUGAAAAAGCAUUUAGCAACAGUUCAACCCUUAUCAAACAUCUCAGAGUACACACUGGAGAGAAGCCCUAUCGGUGUAAGGAAUGUGGCAAAGCCUUCAGCCAGUGUUCCACCCUGACUGUACAUCAGAGAAUUCAUACUGGAGAGAAACUCUAUAAAUGUAGUGAAUGUGAGAAGGCCUUCAAUUGUAGAGCAAAACUUCACAGACAUCAAAGAAUCCAUACAGGUGAGAAACCCUAUAAAUGUAAUGAGUGUGGGAAAGGUUACAGCCAGUUUACAUCUCUAGCUGAACAUCAGAAACUUCAUACUGGAGAACAAUUGUGUAAAUGCUUGGAAUGUGGGAGAACCUUCACACGCAUUGCAACCCUUAUUGAACAUCAGAGAAUUCAUACUGGACAAAAACCCUAUCAAUGUAAUGAAUGUAAGAAAACCUUCAACCAGUAUUCAUCUUUUAAUGAACAUCGGAAAAUUCAUACUGGGGAAAAACUUUAUACAUGUGAAGAAUGUGGGAAAGCCUUUGGUUGCAAAUCCAACCUUUAUAGGCAUCAGAGAAUUCAUACUGGAGAGAAACCCUAUCAGUGUAAUCAAUGUGGAAAAGCUUUCAGCCAGUAUUCAUUCCUCACUGAACAUGAGCGAAUCCACACUGGAGAGAAACUCUAUAAAUGUAUGGAAUGUGGAAAAGCCUAUAGUUAUAGAUCAAACCUCUGUAGACAUAAAAAAGUUCACUAUAAAGAAAAGCUGUUUACAUGGAAGGAAUAUGGGAAACCUUUUGUGAACAGCUCCUCCCUUACUCCAUAUCAGAGAUUUCUUAGAGGAGAUAAGCCCUAGGAGGUUUAGUUCAUCUCAAAUAAUCUAAGACUUCUACAUGGAGAAUAAUCAGGACAAAUAUAAAUAGGAUACAAACUUCUAACAAUUUAAGUCUUUUACUUCUCCUACAGGGAAUAUGCUAGUUACCACUAAGUAAUGGUAAAAUUAAUCAGUGAAAAUAUAAAGAUCCUCAACUUGUCAAGUUCUUUUUUUUUUUUUUUUUUUGUAGUUUUUGACCCGGGCUGGGUUUGAACCUGCCACCUCCAACAUAUGGGGCUGGCGCCCUACCCCUUUGAGCCCAAUUUGUCAAGUUUUAAAAGAACCAUAAAUUCUAGGGUUUCUGAAAAUCUACAAAUAAUUUUUUAAUUCAUAGAAAAAUGUAAAAGGUCUUUUUAUAAAAUGAUGAAAAAUAGUUGAACGUAAGUUUUGUUUCUCUCCUUAGACCACAUUCUCUUUAUUAGAGUAAGCUUCAAGACAUGACUUUUCUUCUGAAAACAGUCAUUGAGUUAUUAAUAAUGUGAAUAAGUAUGGGACUUUGUUUUCUAAAAUGAUAGGCUGACAUAGGAAGCUUGCCUUUUCAUGUGGAGAUGCCAAAGAUAAGAAAGAGUUAUUUAAAUUUGACUAUUCACAGGGAAAUAAUAAAGUUCUUUAUAUGAGCUGCUGCAACAGCAAGUAAUAUACAUAAGUGUACAAAUACAGAAUGCAUAUAUGUGAGUGUAUACAUUUACACACAUA